CAGUGACAGAUAUAAAUUAGGUUAUAAAUUUUAAAGAGAUUCAAGAACGAUUGGGUGUAUUCUUGGUGUAUUUGCAUGUGGCCGGCUAUUUAUAAUUUUGUUAAUAAUUUGAUUAACUAAAUUUCAUCAAGAUGAUAGAAGAUACAGCAAAAACAGAAAGCAAGAAAGCAGCUAAAAAGGAAGCUAAAAAAGCCGAGAAAGCUGCAAAAAAAGCUGAACAUAGAGCUGGUAAUCCAAGUGAAAAUAUAUCUUCAUUAGAUGAAGAAGAUGUAUCUACUGGGAAGUAUGGAACAUUACCAUUAAUUCGAUCUGAUCCAUCAUCGCCUAAACGUACAUUUACAUACCUUAAAGAUUUAAACAAAUCUUUAAUAAAUAAUGUAAUCUGGGUUAGGAGUAGAUUACACGCAGUUAGAGCUAGAGGAAAACAAUGUUUUAUUGUUCUUCGAGAACGAGAAUUUACAGCACAAGCUCUUAUAAAUGUAUCAGAAACGGUUUCAAAAGCUAUGGUAAAGUUUUCUAGCAACAUCUCAAAAGAAAGUAUAAUAGAUAUUGAAGCAAAAGUUGCAGAAGUUCCAUCUGGAGUAGGAGGUUGCACUCAAAAUGAUGUUGAGCUAAUUGUAUCCCAAAUAUGGAUAGUGUCUAGUUCGCUUCCACAAUUGCCUUUACAGAUUGAGGAUGCUAGUAGACCUGAGAAACCAGAUGACGAAGAGUCCCUUAAAAUACGAGUUAAUCAAGAUACUAGAUUAGAUAAUAGAAUAUUGGAUUUAAGAACUCCAACUAAUCAAGCAAUAUUUAGAUUGGAAGCUGGUGUGUGUAGACUUUUUCGUGAUUGUCUAACAAAACAAGGAUUUGUGGAAAUUCAUACACCAAAAAUUAUACCAGCAGCUUCUGAGGGGGGUGCUAAUGUUUUUACUGUGAGUUACUUCAAAGGUUCUGCAUAUUUAGCUCAAAGUCCCCAGCUCUACAAACAAAUGGCUAUAGCUGCUGAUUUUGAUAAAGUUUUUACUGUAGGGGCUGUGUUUCGUGCAGAGGACUCAAACACUCACAGACAUUUAACUGAAUUUACUGGCCUAGAUUUAGAAAUGGCAUUUAAGUAUCAUUAUCAUGAAGUGAUGUUACUUAUUGGAAAUUUAUUUACUGAAAUAUUUAAAGGCCUUCGUGAUCAAUAUAAAACUGAAAUUUCUAUAAUUAAUCAACAAUAUCCAGCAGAGCCGUUCACUUUCUUAGAUCCCCCCUUAGUUUUACAAUAUCCAGAAAUCAGAAAGAUGUUAGCAGAAGCUGGAGUUGAAAUUGGGGAAGAGGAUGAUUUGAGUACACCAGUUGAAAAGUUAUUAGGACGUUUAGUUAAGGCUAAAUAUGAUACAGAUUUUUAUAUUUUGGACAAAUAUCCUUUGGCUGUCAGACCUUUUUAUACUAUGCCUGAUCCUCAAAAUGCCAAAUUUUCUAAUUCUUAUGAUAUGUUUAUGAGGGGAGAAGAAAUACUAAGUGGUGCCCAAAGGGUUCACGAUGCCCAGUUUUUGACGGAAAGAGCUAAAUUUCAUGGGAUUGAUAUAACUAAGAUAGCUGCAUAUAUAGAUGCUUUCAAAUAUGGAUGUCCUCCCCACGCUGGAGGUGGAAUAGGUCUAGAAAGGGUAGUUAUGUUAUACUUGGGGCUAGAUAAUGUUAGAAAAACAUCGAUGUUUCCACGUGACCCAAAACGAGUGGCUCCUUAAGAUAACAAGAAUAUAUUUUUUUGUAUACUUAUGAUGAACUUAUUUCAGUCAGCUUAGGUUUGAAUUAGUAAUAAAUUAAUUCAUCACAAUGUAUUUUAUAUAAUGUAAUUAUAAAUUUCUUAAAUAAUCAAGAAAUUUUAACCAAUCAUAACCAUUUACAAUUUUGUAUGACAUAAUAAGAGUACUAUACUGUGGUAUUUUUAAAUAAAUGUACAUUUUACUUUUGUUUUCAA